AUGACAACCCGCUUCCACAACUACCCUGAGCCUCGCAAAGGUCCUGACGCGCCAUACAAACAUGAAGACGUCUCCGUGCCUGUCCUUCGCGGUCCGUCGCUAGCAAUUGGGGCCAGUUUAAUCCACUCGUGGGAAUUCCUUCAGAAUAUACUCUGGCGCAAUGCUGGACUGCUUGGGUAUCGCAAACUAACCGCUCUCGACCAGUAUCUGCCGCGCUUUGACCCUGCUGUUGUGCCUAACAGCAGCAGCAAUGAUAGUAAUGAAAAUGUAUUGUCAUCAGAAUCCCUCCCUGCCCCAUCACAACGGCGUGGUGAUUCUAGCUUCUGGACGUCGGCGGAUUACCAUCAGCGGUAUUUGGCGGGUGAAUUGACGCCGACAGUAGUUGUUGAAACCCUGUUGCCUUUGAUCCAGAGAGAUGGGAAGCAGCGCGGGAAGUACUCGAUUGGAUUUGUCGAGUCAAAUGUUGAAAUUAUCAGAGCUGCUGCUGCUGCGUCUACGAAGCGGUACAGGGCUGGGACACCGCUCGGUCCGCUGGAUGGGGUCCCUGUGGCUGUGAAAGAUGAAGUCCAUUUGAAAGGCUACAAGCGUACGCUUGGCAGCAAACUUGACUUCAAACAUGGAAUUGAGGCGACCUCAUGGUGUGUUGAGAAAUGGGAGGAGGCAGGGGCUAUUAUUAUCGGGAAAACGACGAUGCAUGAGAUUGGCAUAGACACCACGAAUAAUAACCCCAACACGGGCACCCCUCGUAACCCACAUAAUUCAAAUUAUUACUGCGGCGGCUCGUCUGGCGGCUCCGGCUACGCCCUCGCAGCCGGCCUCAUCCCUAUUGCUCUCGGGGCAGAUGGUGGCGGCUCGAUUCGUAUCCCGUCUUCGUUUUGCGGCGUAUAUGGCCUCAAGCCUACACAUGGCCGAGUCUCUGCCGCACCUACGCCCAGUCUGGCUCCCAGUGUAGGUGUAUAUGGACCUAUGGCCGCGAGUAUCGACGAUCUCGCGCUCGCCUACCGCCUUAUGGCCGCACCGCCUCCUGCUUCCCUCGACGCGCUGGCAUCUGGCUUCCCAUCUCCCUUGACAACCCUCUUUGCGCCAUCUGCUGGCAAGACAAUCGGCAUUGUCCGCCCUUGGCUCGACCGCGCCGAGCCCGCCGUUCGCGCCAUUUUCGACAAAACCCUCGCCUCUCUCCAAUCCCAAUACACCACCAUCGACAUCGACAUCCCCUACCUCCCAGAAGGCCAACACGCCCACGCACUCACAAUCCUUGGCGAAUUAGCCUCUGGCGUGCAUCCCUCUGACGUCCGCAAGCUCCUCCCCCAUACAAAACUACUCAUCGCCGUCAGCGGCAACAAAUCCACCACCACGGAUUACAUCGCCGCGCAGCGACUCCGUAGUCUCCUAAUGUCGCACCUGGCCCACCUCUUCACUACCUACCCUGACCUAGUCAUCCUAACCCCCACUACGCCACUGCCCGGAUGGAAGAUUGCGGGCGGAGAAGCGGAUUUGGCGUAUGGAGUCUCGGACGCGAGGACGUCGACUAGGAAUAUGGAGUAUGUCUGGCUGGCGAAUUUCACAGGGUGUCCGGCGAUUAGUGUGCCGGCGGGGUAUGUGGCGGAGACCAAGAUGCCGGUGGGCGUGAUGGCGAUGGGGGAGUGGGGGAGUGAAGAGAUGUUAUUGGGAUUUGCGAGGGCAGUAGAAGCAGGGAGUGUGGAGGUGAGGGCUCCUCUGGAGGAGGAGGGCUGGGUAGAUGUUAUCAAAGAAGCGGAGGGGAAGUUGAAUGGGUCGAGUGCGAGUAAGCUGUGA